CAUUAGAUUAGUUGCGGCAUUGGGGUUUCCCAUGGAGGAGACGGAGAACGGACCGCGCCAUGGCUGCCCAGGUCCAGCCGACCUCAUCAGCGCCCUCCCAGACGAUCUGCUCCUCCAGGUCCUGGAGCGCCUCGGCGCCGCCGCGCGCACCAGCGUCCUCUCCCGCCGGUGGCGCGGCCUCUGGACCCGCCUGCCCCACGUCACCAUCGCCCUCCACGACGUCCCGUUCCGCUCGAUCCAGGCGGCGCUCGCCCGCGCCGUCCGUCCCGGGGUGUGCCACUACCGCCUCGACAUCCGCGUCCGCUGGCAAGCCACCCCGCUCCGCACCGCCAGCGUCUCCUCGCUGCUCCUCGCCGCGGCGGCGCUCUCGCCCGUGGAGGUGCUCUUCGUCCUCUCGCCGGACGUCCUGCUCCCACGCCUGGACCGGCUCCCCGUGGAGCAGUUCUACGCUCUUCUCCCGUGGAGCGCGCGGAGCCCCCUUGUGGGGGUGGACCUGCCCCGCUUCCGCCGCGCCACCUCCAUCGACCUGCGCGCGCGCCACCUCCGCCUCUUCGCGCCGCCCUCCGGGUUCCCCUCGCUGGAGAGGCUCGCCCUCACCGGCUGCGACGUCGACCUCGCCGCCUUGAUCCCUCGCUGCCCGCGCAUCCGCGCACUCAGGGUGAACAACAAUGGCGUGUUGCCCAUGGACAGCAUCACCGUCCACUCGCCGUGCUGCGGGAGCUCUCUGUGGAGAGCAGCAACACAUGGACAAGCUGUGUCGAUGUCGAGGCGCCCGUGCUCAAGCAACUGAACCUGUCUUUCCAUGCAUCACAGAGACAACUGAGUAUGUUACUGUAAUUCACAUUUGUUUUAGGUGAAAGAAGCAUGCCAGUAAAUUGUCUCUGUGAUGAGCCCAAAGACUGGAGGACACAAACUAUCUCCAUGGCUGAUCUUGAAACCGUGGAAAUUGAAGGUGUCAACGGGGAGGAUCAUGAGUCUGAUUUUCUGAAAAUGAUCUUUACAUGUGCUCCAAUGCUUAAAAGAGUGACUCUGAGGUUGGCAGAUGGUAUCACCCCAUGUGUCGAUUGGUGCACAAAAGUAGACAACAUCUUCAAGGCGUAUCCUUCUGUGAAGUGCAAAGUUGAUCUGGGUCAACAUGUCGCAGCCAAAGUUUUGCAUUGACAUGAUUCAUUGUGCUUACAUUUGUGGAUCCAGUGUGGUCAGCAACAAGACCAUCCUCUCCCACGCCCGACCAACUCCUGUCAGAUUUCAGAUUCUUGCUUCAUGGCUUCAAUCCAUACUAUACUACUUUCUGUUAUUCUCCAACUGUAGUGGAGCUACAGGGUCGAAGUGGUGCCCUCUUGUGUAACUCCUUGCAAGGUUGCUAUGGCCCUUUUAUAUGGCACUGUCAUCUUUUGAUAGGAAAUUGCCAAGAUUAGUAGUGAACUCAACCUAUGUUGUUGCCCAAGUGAUGUUUGGGAAAUACUUAAGUGCCUGGCUUACAUUGGUUCUUUUCUCCAGCA